AUGGAAAACAAAUGCAAUUGUAAUAAACAAGAUAUGGAAAUGAGAAAUGUAAAUUCCGUUUUAAUUAAUAAUAUCACGAUCGCCCAAAACAACAAAUCUAUCUAUGUAAAUGAUGUACAUAUAACAGAAGAUGAUUUAAAAGAACUUUUGUUUUUGAAAAAGAAAAAACAGACGUCUCAAGAUUCAUGUAAUAACCUACUUAAUGGUGCAAUAUCUAAAAAACCAAUGGAUGGCCAUGAAAAUGCCAUAAAUACUAUACACAUGGCAGAUAAAUCUGUAGAUAAAAUAUCUUUAAAAGGCGAUUCUGCAUCCAGUGAAGUCCCUAUCGAAGAACAUAAAAUUAUAUCGUCAAUGAAAUGCACCAACUAUUUAAUAGAAAAUCGAAUAAACAAAAAUUUAGAUAUGCCACAUAGCAAUAGCAUGAAUGCUCUUUUUAUGGAUUACUAUCAUUUGGUAAUGGCAUAUACAUUUUUUAGACAAAAAAAGCAUGAAAAUAUAUCAGUCUUCGAAUUAUUUUUUCGUAAAUGCCCUUUUAAAGGAGAAUUUGCUGUUUUGGGAGGUGUGCAUGAAGUUAUAAAAUAUAUUAAUUGUUUUCGUUUUACACAAAGACAAUUAGAAUAUAUAAGAAAAAAAAUGGCACAUUAUGACCAUAUCGAUGAAUUUGUUGAUUAUUUAAAAGGUGUAAAUGGAUCUCGUUUAUCUAUUCACAGUAUGGAAGAAGGGUCAAUAGUUUUUGCAAAUGAACCAUUAAUAGCAAUAGAAGGACCAUUAUUAAUAUGUCAGAUAUUAGAAAGCGCUAUUUUAAAUCUAAUAAAUUAUCCUACCUUAAUUGCUACAAAUAGUAUGAUGCAUAAAAUUUCCAUAAACCACAAAACAUUAGCUGAAUUUGGUUGUAGAAGAGCUCAAGGGCCGGAUGGCGCAUUAAGUGGAUCGAGAUAUGCUUAUGCUGGCGCUGAUUUUACAUCAAAUGUAUAUGCAUCUUUUCUAUAUGAUAUACCUAUAUUAGGAACAAUGUCACAUUCAUUUAUACUAUCGUUUAAAGGUGAUCAAUCUGUACCUAAUAGAUAUUUAGAUAAUCAUGAUUUUUUAAGUAUAGUAAAUAAAAAUAAAGAAAUUGUCCAUAAGUUAUAUGAUUGCAAAAAUGCUAAUGACAGUGAAUUAUUGGCAUUUGUGGCUUUUGCUCAAAUUAAUCCAAAGAUGUUCAUUAGCUUAAUAGAUACAUAUAACACAUUAGAAUCUGGAGUUUUCAACUUUCUAAUAGUGGCAUUAUCGUUACAUGAAAUAAAUUAUAAGCCUAUUGGUAUACGAAUCGAUUCGGGUGAUUUAAAACACUUAUCAAAUGAGUGUAAAAAAAUAUUUAUUGACAUAUCAAGUAAAUUAAAUGUUCCUUUUAAUGAGCUCAAAAUUUGUAUUAGCAAUGAUAUUAAUGAAAAAAUAAUUCAAACUUUCAAUCAAGAUAAGCACCAUAUUGAUAUGUUUGCCAUUGGAACAAAUUUAAUAACAUGCCAAUCACAGCCAUCAUUAGGCCUUGUUUUUAAGUUAGUGGAAAUUAAUAAUCAACCAUGCUUUAAAAUAACAAAUGAGCAUAUAAAAUCGAAUUAUCCACAUAAAAAAAUGCUUUAUAGAUUAUAUACUGAAGAUGAUUAUGUAUCGGUUGAUUAUAUACAACAAUACAAUGCGCCACAACCUUUGCAAAACAAAGAAAUUACAUGCAUUGAUAUGCUAAACCAAUGUAAAAAAAUAGUUAUUACACCCAAACAAAUCGAAAAUAAAUUAUUGCAUGUAUGGGAUAACGGAAAAUUAUUAAUCACCUUCAAGACAAUACACGAAAUAAAACAAUAUACAUUAAAUGAAAUUAAAAAAUUAAAAAAAGACCACUUUUCUACAUAUGACCCAAUACGAUACCAUGUUCUCUUUUCUGAAAGUUACUACGAAGUAUAUAAAAAAUUAAUUUAA